CGACCGAUAGGAAUUGUCAGUGCGUGCACGACAGUAAGGUCAUUCAGUUUGUUGCCGCGGAACGCGAAUAAGCAUCGAGACGCGACAAGGAGCGUGUUUGCAAUAUCUCUCUGUAUUUCUCAAGACGAUCGUGAACAGAACAAUGUAAUUGUUAUAGAAAUUAUUUCAUUGAGCAUUAAAUAUUUUAACAUUUAUAUAUUCAAUGUGUUAAAAGUUCGGGGACGUGGGGGAUAACUGUGAGCCACCCCUUGGGCUUCCACAAGCGUUAACCAAGGCCACGUGGACCACGUUGGGAGCUUGGAAAAAUAUGUGCCAGCAUGUCCGAAGCCGGUACGCCAGAAGCAGCGAGCAACAAGAUCGACAGGCAGGCGUCAGUUUACGUGUUCCCGGGUUGCCAACAUUACACCGCUUCGACGACUCAGUCGGCACAGUCGGUGGCCGCCACGGCUGUACCCGAUGCUCCGGCCUCCAUCGUCCCCGCGCCCACGAGCGCGACGCUCGCAAAGGGGAAGACCGAGAACGAGAACGCCGCCGUGGUCGACGAGGAUCUCGGUGGGCGAGGCAGGCGGAGGCCGUUCCCGAGGACCCACGCGAGAUCGGCAAGCCACGGUGGAAUGUUGGCGGAAUGCUUGACAGGAUUCCAGCCUUACGCCUACGGGUCCCAUCGUAUGGGCCCUUUGUCCCAGAUCGAUGGCGGCGCGAGGCCCUCGGCCUUGAAGAAGCCCGGCCACCAGAGAGCGUUCAGCCAGGGUCAGGUGGUCGACGUUCAGGGGCACUCGGUCACGGGGCACAGCCGUGUCGGGUCGAAAACGGAUUUUAUACUUCCCCCUGGCCACAAGGAGGAUUCGAAGCCGCCCACAGCUGGGAAAGUGCCCUCUUUCAGGGGCCAUUCGCGACAAGCGUCCAGAUCAGAGUCGAUAUACACGAUAAGACGUAGCGCCGAACCUCCUUGGUGGAGAAAACUUUGGGCUCGUUACUUUGGUCCGUUACCAGAGGAACCUCGUUUAAGGACAAUAGUACCGAAUCAUUUAGUGCCGCCGAAAACACCACCGAGUCAACAUCCCAAUGGCAAGAGAGUGAAUAACAGAGUACGUACGACAAAGUACACCUUGCUGAGCUUCCUACCUCGCAAUUUUUUCGAACAAUUCCGCCGUGUGGCCAAUAUAUAUUUUGUAUUUAUCGUUCUGCUUAAUUGGGUGCCAGUCAUAAAUGCCUUCGGCAAAGAGAUUUCCGUGAUACCCAUCAUUUUUGUGCUCGGCGUGACGGCGUUGAAGGAUUAUUUCGAGGAUCAUCGGAGGCUUAUCAGCGAUCGCCGUGUAAAUAAUUCUACUUGUCGUGUCUAUGUUCGCGAGGACGACAGGUAUGCAAAGGUAGCGUGGAAAGAUGUGAAGGUCGGUGACCUGGUUCACCUCUCGAACAACGAACUCGUGCCGGCUGAUCUGCUGCUUCUACGAAGCAGCGAUCCUCAAGGCGUAGCGUACAUAGAUACGUGCAAUCUGGACGGCGAGACCAAUUUGAAGGAGCGACAAGUCGUGAGAGGUUUCGUGGAUCUCCAGGACACGUUCCAACCGGCCAAGUUUCGUUCCGUGAUCGAGGUCGAUCAACCGAGCACCAGGAUAUAUCGGUUCCAUGGAGCUGUUGUACAUCCGAACGGUGGCAGAGUACCUGUCUCUACGGAGAACCUUUUGCUCAGGCAGUGUUUGUUAAAGAAUACGGAUUUCGUCGAGGGUAUAGUGAUAUACGCCGGCCAUGAGACGAAAGCGAUGCUCAAUCAUGGCGGACCCAGGUACAAGCGUUCAAAAUUGGAGAAACGGAUGAACAGUGACGUUAUAUGGUGUGUGGCGAUUUUAGUUGUGUUAUGCUUGACAGGCGCGACCGGUUGUCGGUUCUGGCUCGCCGAGUUUUCCGAUUUAACAUUUGUCCCGUUCAUACCGAUCCUCCAGGAUCCGAAUUACGAAAGUAUGCUAACGUUCUGGACGUUUGUUAUUAUACUUCAAGUGAUGAUACCUUUAAGCCUUUACGUCACUCUUGAAAUGGCGAAAGUCGGCCAAGUUUAUCACAUUGGGCACGACAUCGCCCUCUAUGACGCGGAGACGGGACGCUCGGCCGAAUGUCGCGCCCUCAAUAUUACAGAGGAAUUGGGCCAGGUGCAGUAUAUAUUCUCUGACAAAACUGGCACGCUCACUGAAAAUAAAAUGCUGUUUAGACGGUGCGCCGUAGGAGGGCAGGAUUAUUCGCAUGGCGGAGAUGGGAAAAAUUUGAUACCUUCCUCGCGAUUGAAGGAAGAUCUUCUUAUAGGUACAUUUAGGCAACAUCUACAAGAAUUUCUAAUCGUAUUAGCGAUAUGCAACACUGUUGUGGUCAAUUCCCAACCUCAUUACGAUACCAUGAACUCGAGCGGGGUGAUAGAAGAUACUCGGAGAAACGAAGAAACUGGAAGGUACACGAGAAUGAUAGAUUCUCGAAGUUUAACACCUUCGCCAAUUAUUCCUUUAUCCGCGCUAUCUCGUCCGACAAACAGCCUCGAUGAAAACGUGUCGUCGAUCUCCUCUAUGGUCGAGAUUGAAUCUGCUCUUCACAAUUCUACCAAGCUAUCGAAUAAAUUGUCAAGGCCAAAAUUCUUAAAUGUAACGUCGAUAUCAAGCUUGGGAAUAGGAUUGCUUGGAAGAAAAUUGUCUCCGAACGGUGAACACAAAAGACGCAGCCCACUAAGUCCCGUUAUUGAUGCGAGUGGAAAGAGCGGAGACGAAUUCUUGCCUGCAACUGCAAUUUACGAAGCGGAAAGUCCGGACGAGCUUGCUUUGGUGAAUGCAGCGCGUGCUUAUAACGUGAAACUUCUUAAACGAACAUCGCGUAAUGCGAUUGUUUCCUUGCCGGAUAAAUCUAUUCUUAGUUUUGAAAUUCUUCAAAUUUUGCCAUUUGACUCGAAUAGAAAAUGUAUGUCCAUUUUAGUACGACAUCCUCUUACUAAUGAGGUAGUGUUAUAUAGCAAAGGUGCCGAUACAACGAUACUAUCGUCUCUAAUUCCUCAAGAUGAAAAUUCUAUAACCACUAUCAAAAUUCGACAAUAUCUUCAAUCGUAUGCACGGCAGGGUCUUCGAACUUUGGUAAUGGCUAAGAAGUCUCUGACAAAUCAAGAAUACGAGAAUUGGCGUCAAAAGCAUUCCGAAGCAGAACUUGCAAUGGAAAAUCGUGAACUUCGUAUUAAAGAUUCUUAUGCAAAUCUGGAAUGUCAUUUGACCCUGCUAGGUGUUACUGGAAUUGAAGAUAAACUUCAAGUUGGUGUACCUGAGACUAUGGAUACUUUAAUGGCAGCAGGAAUUGUAGUUUGGGUUUUAACAGGAGACAAACCAGAAACCGCGGUUAACAUUGCAUAUUCAGCGCGUCUUUUUUCGCCUGCGAUGCAAUUAUUGUGGUUACAAGCAAGAUCCAAGUCUGUUGCCGAAGCUUUGAUUCAUGGAUAUUUGGAAUCUACACGUAAAAAAAAUACAGUUCAGGGAAUAGAAAAUAUUAGGGAAAUUACAAUGCUUAAUCGUGAUGCAACGGAAAACGAGGCGUAUAGAAUAGAUAGUUCUUGGCCGAGACAACGAGCGCUUGUUGUUGAUGGCAAAACUUUAACUGUUAUUCUUGAUCCACGAUCAGGAUUAACCGGAUUAUUUCUUGAGUUAACAAAAACGUGUUCUAGCGUAUUAGCUUGUAGAGCUACACCUCUUCAAAAGGCAUAUAUAGUACGUAUAGUAAAGGAACAAUUGGGAAUGAGGACUUUAGCGAUUGGUGACGGUGCUAAUGAUGUUAGCAUGAUACAAACUGCAGAUGUAGGAGUUGGUAUUUCUGGACAUGAAGGUACACAAGCUGUCAUGGCUGCAGAUUUUGCCAUUUCACGAUUCUCAAUGCUUAGCAGACUUCUUUUGCUGCAUGGUCAUUGGUGUUACGAUCGAUUGUCUAGAAUGAUCUUAUAUUUCUUUUACGAGAACGCUACCUUUGUUUUCGUUCUGUUCUGGUACCAGAUUUAUUGCGGAUUUACUGGAACCGUUAUGAUGGAUCAAAUUUAUUUAAUGCUGUAUAAUUUAUUGUUUACAUCUAUGCCACCACUUGUAUUAGGCAUAUAUGAUCGAGUGGCUUCAUCCGGUGUUUUAUUGUCUAUGCCUCACGUGUAUAAAAGAGGACGUCUGGGAUUAGUAUAUCAAGCGCAUACAUUUUGGAUAACCAUUGCUGAUGCUUUGUAUCAAAGUGUCGUAAUUUUCUUUAUAAAUGAGGGUGUAUACUAUGAUUCGGUUAUUGACAUUUGGGAAUUUGGAACUACUAUAAUGACAUGUUGCGUUGUUACUAUGUUGACUAAUAUUGCCAUAGAAAUUAGAUCUUGGACUAUAAUACAUCUCUUUGCCGUAAUGGGAUCAUUGGGAAUAUUUUUUGGUUUUUGUUUGAUUUAUAAUAUAGUUUGCGUUAAUUGUAUGGGUCUUCUAUGUUCAUAUUGGGUAAUGGAAAUAGCUGUCAUGAGGUAUACAUAUUGGCUUACAAUAAUACUUACCUGCGUUUUGGCAUUGUUACCUAGAUUAUUUUAUAAAACUAUAAAAUCAACAAUAAAUCCAGAUCUUAUGCAAAGUGCUAUAUUUAAUGCACCAUCGAAAAGUGGCAGUCAUAGACAACGAAUCGCGGAGAGAAGAGAGAAUAAUUUUAUUGCAGGUUGGUCACGUUCAACGCAGCAUGCUACUAUAAGAACGGGGACUAAGCACGAUACAUUGACAACUAUCGUUGCAUGACAUAUCCUGAAGAAUCAAAUAAGACUGUCAGCACGUUAUAACAGAAUAAUUAAAACUGUUAAUAGUGCUAUUCUAUUAAAAUUAUUGGAAAGAAGCGAUAUCCUUUACCGCAUUUCAAUCUUUAUUGUUCCUAAGAAUUGUAAAAGUAUUGUCAGGACAUGUAUUAUUAAUUUUAAUAUGCAUUUUUUCAUGAAAAAAUGCUAUAGUUUAUGGAAAUUAUGUUAGUUAUUAUUUAAUAUUAAUUUUUAUUAUUCAUCGAGUGGCCUUAAAUUUAGACUACUACUGUUUAUUGCAUUUGAUGGCUGUGACUUUUAGGGACCAAAACUUUUAAUCCAAUAGUUACGAUAUCGAUUAAUGAUUCGAUUGAAAAGUACGUUUAUACGUGUAUGCUUCAGUUGUAUAUCGAAUCAAUUUAUUUACAUCACAAUUUCUCAUAUAAGUGUAAAAGAAUGUAUAUUGUAAAAAAAAAGGAAAAAAUAUAUGUAAAAUGUAUAUUGCCUUUUAUGAAAUUCAUAUUAUAUAAAUUAUAUAACUUGUGCUAGUAAUAUGUACGAGUAUAUAAUGCAUAUGCAUUUUAUACUCGUGAUUUGUAUAAUAGUAAUUUUGGAAACAUAUGUAUGAUCUGCCAGCAUAAAAGUUUUACUAAAUGUGUAGGUAUAUUGGACAUAUGUUACAAAUGUUGAUAUAGUAUUUUGAUAAACGAUAAAGAAAAAAAUGCAUGUAUAUAAUAAUUUAUCAGUAAAAUCAAGUGUUCU